UUACCAAAAAAAUCCCUCUAAAGUUCAGAUUUAACAACACAAAGACACAACGGAUCUUGGGCGGCAUAAACCAAUGGCAAAGUCCAUCGGGGAGAUGAAAUGUUGUGCGACAAGGACGGCAAGGCCUGUCAAUAUCGUAUCAUUCCCCACUAAAAAUGAUGAGGAGAUGGGGCAGAGAGAUUAGGACAGCGGGGGACACCCGAUGGUGCCACCGAUUUCUCUCUGUCCCCAUUUUCCUGUCCCAGAACCACCGCGCCCACAUGGUGGUUAACCAUAUGGCGUGAUGAGACUUCUCGUAGGGCCGGCAAGGCAUCACGGCGAUUUGCCGGUGAGCCGACCGACGAGCGUCCCUAUAAGCAAUCAUGGGCAUGGGCUUCUAGAACCAGAUCUGAAUCUCGGUUCCGGGGAGUUUUAGCAUGUUAUUAGGGCAGCAGAGCAGAGAUGGAACUCCGAACUCCUUGUCCCCGCGGAGUUCCGUCGGCAUGUGCUGAUGAUGAGAGUAUGGCUAACACAUGGCGUGGCGGCGCCGCCGUCUGCGGCUUCUGCUUAACCUCAUGUGGCAUGACUGAUCUGUGUACUUAACCUGGGAAAACAGGAAAGUGCAGGGCGCUCUGUUGUUAAGAUUCCAUUGUCAUGUGUGUGUUCCACAUCUGGUGAUUGAUCAUGUGCUCAGCUCAGCUCAGCUCAGUCAUGGGGUGCCAGUGUCCAGCCCAUAGUUUAUUUUCCUUUUUCUCCAACUCAGCUUUACUCCUUUCCAUUAAUCGGCUUAACGGAAAUACUAACUGUCUGAUACAUAACGAAAUGAAAAGCAAUCCAGAGGAGAAGGAAGAGGUGUGAGCGAGCUGGAGCACUAGCAGGAAGCUUGCUACCUGGAGUUUCUUAUCUUUUUGUUUUGGCCGUCGAAACUAACUGCAGGGAUCUUAUGGGUUUCACCUCUAGCCUAUCCUAAUUUAUUCCGGACUAAAGGCUUUGUUAUUGUUGCCGUUGUUGGCCGUGGAAACUAACUGCAGGGCAAAAACCUGCUACUUUUUUAAGAAAAGUCAUAUGCCCGAUUUUAUAAAUAAAGUCAAACAAAACCAUCAAUCCCAGAGACACACAGUAUCAGCAGCCCACAACCUACUGCAAAAGAAGAAGACGCUACAGCGGAUAAAACCUGCUGCCUAGAGCGUGUUUGGAUUCACUCCCCAGCUCUGCUCCCGGAGCGAGCGGAGCGGUGCCGAACGCUACAACUCCAUGGAGCAUGAAGAGCGGAGCGGUGCAGACGGUAGUUCAAUCCAGCAGAAAACCGAGCUCCGCGUGCCACUAACUUACCGGCUCACUCGAUCCAAUUUUCUCGCUCCCAUGCUGCGUCUACCUGAACCACACCAAGCUGACUGUAGGGAGUGGUGUUAGCUGCCGAACAUGAUAUCCGCUCCUGAUUUGGGGGAUGGAGCCAACAAUCCAGGAGCGGGGAGCGGAGUCAAUGAUUUCAAGGAGUGGAGGAGAGAUCCGAGCACUCUCCUAGAGUUCGCUAGAUUGUGGAAAACCAGCUUUGGGAUGAUUUUUAGGAGAACCAGUUUUAGUUAGUUUUUCUGUUGAGAUAAGUAUAUAUAAAUUCUUGCUUGGAAUGGAUCGAGAAAAAAAAAUGGACUAGUAUGGAGUAGGUAGUAGUUCUUUGUUUGGGAAGCAACCGAAGCUUAAUCACACGAGUAGUAUUAUGUACUACAGAUUCCAUGGAGCUUGGAUUUGAGCUUCGCGACGUGCUAUGUUGGUCACCCGGAAGACUCUCCGUACUCACCCUGCCGCUCGCCAGGGCAGUCCGGACACCGUGCCAAUGGUCUCAGACAGAGUAAAAUGGCUCUCUGGCGCGCGGGUGUGGGAAGACCUGCUACUUAUUAGUAUUUCAGAUUGUGGAAAACAAAUUUUGGGAGGAUUUUUAGGAAAAGCCAGUUUUACUCAUUAGUUUUUCUGUUGAUAAGUACACCUCUGUUUCAAAUUAGUUGGCUUAUAUUUGUCUAGGUAUGGACGUAUCUAAUUAAAACGUGUCUAGACAUUACCCAGAAAAAGAUAAACGUAUUUAAAUACAUCUGUAUCCAAACAAAUCUUUUUUUGAGGGGAACGUUGUUGCUUUAUUCAAAGUUCAGAGGCCAACCCGAAACAAUCCCCGAGCUAACACACUCGAGAGACACGCCUCCCUAGCUAGGACAUGUGCGACUUUACUACGGAUGGUCGCACCCAAGCAACCCUAAACUCAAGAAAAGAGUGAAGUAAAUCAGAGUUAACUAGAUGGAGGGAGUAUGUAUAAAUCCUUAUUUGGAUCGAGAAAAAUUAAAAUAUGAUUAUGUAGGUAGUUCUUUGUUCGGGAAGCAACAUGAGCUUAAUCACACGGGUAGUAUUAUGUGCUACAGAUUCCGCGGAGCUUGGAUUUGAGCUUCGCGACGUCGACCAACUUCAACGGUUUUUUUAUCUGUUUUUAUCCACAUUUUAUUUGUCUGGCUCGUUAAAACAGACAGCGGACAGACUUCGGCGUCCGGACAGAGCAUAUGGACCCAACGGUGUUGCUCCAUUUGGUGACAUGUUCACCCCGGCAAUAUCGUCGAACACCUAGUGGGGGCGGUACGGCCACUGCAGAGUGCAGCGAGCGGAGCAGCAGUGCCUUGGGGUCGAGCGGCGAGCGCGUACGUCAGCUCCAGGAGCGUGAUGCCGAAGCCGAGAAAGGCGGGGGCGGCGAAGGUCGCCAAGGACCGGCGCGGCGAGGUGAACGACGCGGGCGGCAUGUGCACGGCGAGCGCGUACGUGAGCUCCAGGAGCGCGAUGCCGAAGCCGAGAAAGGCGGAGGGCGGCGAAGGUCGCCAAGGAUCGGCACGGCGAGGUGAGCGCCGUGGGCGGCAUGUGCGCAGCGCGCGUGUUCCAGCGCACCCGCGAGCUAGGGCUCAAGUCCGACGGGCAGACUGUGGAGUGGCUACUGAGCCAGGUUGGGCCCUCCAUCUUGGCCGCCACCGGCUCCGGCACCACCCCCGUCGUCUUCUCCUGCUCCUCCGCGCCCUCCACUGCCGCCGUCUUCAUCCUCAGGAAGUCCCCGCGAGAGGAUCACGAGGUGGCGCCAUCCUUCUGGGGCACGGGCGACGAGCCCUGGCAGCAUCUGCUGUUGGCCCGCGAUAGGACCACCGGCUCCGGCACGGGUGACGAGCUCGAGCAGCACCUGCUGCUGGCCCGCGAGAUGGCAACCAUGUCGACAAGCGUGAGCAUGGCACGACGGAGCACGGAUGCUGGUUCGGCCGUCGCUGCCCUACCCAAGUUCUUCGGCAUCCAGAGUAGCAGCAGGGCGCCAUGCCGGAGCUCGUCAUGGAGGGCAGCAGCAGCACGAAGCGAGCCGCUGCAGCACACACAAGUACCUGUGGAGGGCCACGACAGCGCGGUGGAGUGGUUGACCUUUGGCGGCGGCGGCGGCGGCGGCGAGGUGGACUAGUGGGCAUCCAUGGCCGGCAUGGGUGGGGGAGAAAUAGAGAAAAGAGAAGAGAGAGAGGGAUGUGUGGGUGGGUGGCUCCCUCUUGUUUCGAAGACAAACGGGCCAGGGCUCACAUGCAACGGAUAGCCGGGCCACGAGGAUGCAGAAAAACGUUCGGUUUGUGUUUGCUUUGAAUCCAAAUCUGACCCAAAUUUACUACGAAAAUGGGUCCGAGCAAGCACAGAACGGAUAAAAAAAUAGGAUGAGUCGCUGCGUUGGGCCACCGUACGCGUGGACCAAAUAGAUCCUGUUGGAGUUGGCCUAAUAGUCGCCGUACUCAUCCUGCCGCUCGCCAUGCCAGUGGCAAGCACAGACGAUGGGCAACGUGCCAAUGGUCUCAGGUGGAAGACUAUUGUCCAGACUAGUAAAUGGCUCUCUGGCGCGCGGUUGUCGCAGCAGUCAGCACGUUGAGGAGGUCCCAUUGCUUUCUGCAGGAGCAAAAUGUCUCCAUCGAUGUCAUUACCAUCAGCCAUAGGCGCUGAGGAGGCCGUGCUGCUGGCGUCGAGAACAACACGUUGCCGUCGAUGGUGUCAUACCCGUCGCCAUGGACACUGAGGAGCGGCGCUGCGCGAGAAUAACACGCCAUCGUCCAUGGUGUCGCAGCGGUCGCCGCCAUGGGUGCCGAGGAGGUCACGCUGCUCGCGCCGAGAACAACACGCCGCCGUCCAUGGUGUCAAAUUGAUGAUGUCGCAGUUGUCGUCAUGGGCGCUGGGCAGUCCAUGCCGCUCGCGCCGGGAACAACAUACCGUCGUCGAGGGUGUCGCAGUUGUCAAUGGGCGCCCGGAAGAACACGCCGCCACGGGCUCGCUGGAGGUUACAAGCCAGCGGCAGGAGCUCAGUCGCUCACUAUGACGAUGACGUCGAGUCCCUUGCCAUCUACACGUUCGUCCGUUUUUAAAUAUAAGUCUUUUUAGAAUUUCAAUAAAAGACUAUAUACAAAGCAAAAUAAGUGUAUCUACACUCUAACUACGUCUAUAUACAUCCGCAUUUAGUUUAUAGUGAAAUUUCUAGAAAGAUUUAUAUUUAGGAACGAAGGGAAUAGAAACUAGUAUUAUAAAAAACAAUUAUUUGUGGUUUUUCUAAAAUCUCUUUUUUUUUAUUUUGUUGAACCCAGUUUAACUUAUCCACAUUUUAGGAUGUGUUUGGGAGCAAGGUAAUUUUGGGAUUUUUUUUAGGAAUACUGUGGUUUCUGCAACAAAAAACUUGGUAUUAAAUACUUUGAAGUUGUUUGGCUUAAAAAAAUUAGUAUAGUUUAAUGCUGAAGUUUUUCUGCAGUAUCCUGACCACUUAUUUUAGAACUGAACCAAGAGAAAUCAUCGGGGAGAGCUUAGCCUGUUGACAUCGCCGUGUACGUGCACGAACCAAGCUAGCUCGUUGGAGCACACUCUUACACAGGACUAUAGGAGACAGACCUCGUGCAUGGCCAUGUAGCUGCAGGUGAUUAAUCCGGUCGUACCUUGGCACACGCUGGAUUAAUCCUGCCGUGUUGCUUUUUAGGUGUUGCAGAGCUAGGACAUCUUCAACAUUGAUAUGUAAAUUUGCAUCAAUUUCUGUCUGUGGAUAGGAGACCACUCCGCGGACAGGAAUACAGAAGCCGCCCAUCUAACGCUGCCUGCAUAUAUUUGAACCACUGUCUGAAUUAACCGGACGAAAUUCAUGCAAACACGGUGUGCCAGCCUGGAGCAAUUCGCCACUCCUCGGCGAGCUGGUUUGGAGCGGCGAGUUGCCGAACGACGCGCUGGCUUGGACCUUCCGCCUUCACGAACUGGCCUGCAGGCUGCAGCGGCAUGGAGCGCCGAGAGGUGGAGCAGAGAGUUGCCUGGCUCUUGUCCGGCGGGCUUGACGGGCCACCCAGCCGACUUUUAUGUCGGAGAACUCUUUUUCCUGCUCGUCGGAUGCCAUGGAGUUUAUAGAGAAAAUAGUUCAAGGAGCAGAUGGGAGCGGAGUGUGGUGCGAUUUUGCCUGACGUCUGGCAUUGUUUAGAUAGUGAGCGAAUGGCCGGAGCUAACCGGCGUUGUGUUUAAUGACGGGAUGCCUACGAACGGACGUGUGGACAGAGUAGGUUUCUCGGCACACACUUGGGUUUAAUGGAGAAUGGCGGGCAAUCUGUGGCCGUUUGAAUGCGACGAGGAGGAGUGUUAAGCUGGGCGUGCAGCGCUUUCUCGGCCAGCGUGCCGCUUCAAUGCCGGCGGUGAGAGGUUGCGUCCGUUCGGUGCCGGCAUUAAUGCGGAGCGGCCGCUCUCCAGCGGCAUGAAUGUGGACAGCUGGCGGCGGGGUGGGAAGUGUGUGCGGGCGAGGGUGAUUUUUUUUGUGGGCUAGAGCUGUCAGCCGCGGGCGUGGCAACAGUCCGGACGCCUGCAAAGCCCCCUAAUUUGUCUCCAGUUUGUCCAAAAAUAUGCGUCCGAACCGAGCGAACCCAUAUAGACCCGCGUUGAAUAGUACACAAAACAUCCUGAUCAUGCGGGCCAGUCGGUUACGGGUGGUUUGAGGUCCACAUUAAAGAUUCCCUUAGCACGCACCAUUGUUAUCUGUAAAAAAAACUACAGCAAAACAAACGAUUCGGUGGACUUGACACACAUGAGAAAAACUACGGUUUUUAGUAUUUGUUUUCCGCACAUAAGAAUACUGUGGUUUUUGAAUACUUCGGUUUUUCAAAAACUGAAAAACUGUGCUGCCAAACUUAGUUGGAUAACCCAAACAAGUUUUUAGAUUCUUAUGACAGCUUUUGUGUUUAAACAGAGCCGGUUCUCUAAGAACUAGCUAUCCAUACAUAGUUUUAUUUUCUUAAUCUGAAUCUGAACUAGUAUGAUAAUGUGAGCGAGUCAUCAGUCCACUGGCUCGAUCUGCUUCAGCGGUUAAGUUUACAUAAAAUCACUGAAAGAAUCUGAUCAUGG